AUGCGCGUAUUGGGCGCCAUCGCCAGCGUCCUAAGUGCGUUCUACGCUGUUAGACACGUCGUCGCCAGUAUCCCUGAUUCCGUUUCUAACGUCCGCGUCGCUGCUGACAACGCAUUUGCUGAUGGCGACAUGAAAACGGCUAUUUCGCUGCUGUCCAAGCUCAUUGAGAUGGAACCGACAAACGAGCGGCACCUGUACAAGCGCUUUCGAGCGUACUUAAGUGAACGAAAGUACUCGCACGCUCUUUCGGACUUGUCGUCGUCGCUAGUUGUGAACCCCAAGUUCAAGCAGGGAAUGCUGCAACGCGGCAAGCUCUUGAUGAUGCUGGGACAAUGUGCUGAAGCGUCUCAGGAUUUCCAGACAUAUGUCGAGUUGUACCCGAAGGAGACAGGAGGCCAAGAGCAGCUGGACAAAAGCCAAAACUGUGCAGCUUCCAUCGACGAGGCUGAGCGCGCUCAAAGUCGCGGUGAUUACCAGUCAGCGUACACGCACUUGACUGAGGUACUAGAAGGGUCGGCUAUCUCUAGUGUUCCGCUGCUCCUGGAGCGAGCGCAAUUGAGUGUGUCAAUGGAGAACCCGUACGAUGCGAUUGCAGACCUUGGCACCAUCUUGAAACUCGAUCCCUCGAAUCUCGUUGCGCUGCAAAUGCGUGGCGAGGUCUUGUACUCGCUUGGUGACAAGCAGUCACUCGAGGCAGCUCAGUCGCACUAUCGCCAGGGGUUGCACUCGGACCCUGAGCACAAGGGCAUCAAGGCUUUGUACCGGAGUCUGAAGAAGUUGCUCAAGUUCGUGAAGCGAGCUGAGGACUCUAUGCAACGUGGUGCGCACGUUGAAGCAGUGGAGUAUUGGCAGUCUGCACUUGAGGUGCAUCCAGAGCACUUUGUGAUGAACAAGGAGUUUUAUCUGCAGUUGUGUGCGAGCGAGAUGCAUUUGAAACACUUUGCCGAGGCACGUGACGCGUGUGAAAAGGUUGUGGACAUCGAUAGUGACUACGCUCAGGCCUUUGCCCAAUUGAGUGAAGCACAAAUUGGUCUCGAGCUCUACGAAGACGCGGUUCGAUCUGCUAAGCGAGCGCUAGAGCUAGAUGACUCGAGUCGCGAGUUUAAAGAAAAGGUCGUGCAGGCGGAGGCAGCGCUCAAGCAGAGCAAGACCAAAAAUUACUACAAGAUUCUGGGCGUGUCCCGCAAAAGCGACGCGAAAGCAAUCAAGAAGGCGUAUCGCAAGCAAGCGCUUGAAUGGCACCCGGACAAACACAUUGAUAAGGAUGAGACUGAGCGUGAGGCGAUCGAGAAGCGCUUUCGUGACAUUGCACAAGCAUACGAGAUUUUGUCGAAUGAGGAAACGCGUGGUAUGUACGACCGCGGUGAAGAUGUCACGGGCAAUGCUCAACCGCAGCAGCAACAGCAGCAGCCGUUCGGUAACGCACAGUUUUUCCAGCAGGGUGGCCGCACGUUCCACUUUAACUUCGGAGGUUAG